CCACCAUUUUUCAUACACCGUUGAUUAAAACACUAACCAAAGAAAAGGCGUAGAAUGAAACAUGGUUGGUCUUAGCGUAGUGCUGGAAGUUCAGAAAGGUUGUAUCAGUAAAAAGACACCUCAAGUCAUUAACAAAACCACCAUUUUGUCCACCACCACCACCCACAAAAAACCACCCCUUUCUCCUUCUCCUUCUCCUUUUCAAACCCCCACUUUUCUAGACCAAUGCUUUCUCUGUGGGAAGAGACUCUCGCCAGGGAAAGAUAUCUACAUGUACAAAGGGGACAGGGCAUUUUGCAGCGUGGAGUGCAGAUGCAAGCAGAUUUUUUCGGACGAGGAAGAAGCUAUUAAGAAAGAGAAGUGUUGUUUGGCUGCAAUGAGGCCCACAUCGUCUUCGUAUUCAUCUUCUUCAACCUCACGUCAUCAUCGGAAAGAAACAAGAAACCGUGGUGUUGGUUUUUUUUAAGGAAGAAAUCACGAGAUUGUAAUUUUUUUUUUUUGCACUCGCAUUCCAGUUUUACCCACUAUUUAUUUGGUUAAUGACAGCACAGGCCUUGUCCUUUUUGCUUCCUAGUAUGAAGCCAAAAAAUGUCCUUUCAGCUUUUCAUUUUUUGGGGUCCAACUUCUAGCUGUACCUGAGACCUGAUGAAUGGUUUGGUUCCACUGCUCAGAAACCGAACCCACACAGAAACACUUCCAUGUUUUGUCUUUUAUUUCAUUUUUAGUUGCUGACAGUUGGAAGGGUAUUUGUGGCAAUGCAUUCUGAAAUAUUAGAAUUCAUGUUGAUGAUGGUGAUUGAAAGUGAUUUUGAGAAGAGUAAUUAAGCUUAAACUGAGUUCUUAACAGGGUGAAGUGAGAUAUUAAUGGUGGAAGAUGAUUGAUUGAUUGAUUGAUAGAUAGAGUGAGUGGAUUUUCCUUGGGGCUUGUGGCAUGAAAGAGCGGUGAUUGUUUUUAACCAAAAUGACAAUGGAAUACAGAGAUCAAGUUUCCAUGCAUUUGUGGAGUUGUCGGGGUAAGUACGAAUGCCACAUUUGUAGUUAGGUAUGCAAUGUUUCACAUUUCUAGCUACCUCUCUCAGCUGCUCAUGGAACGCACUUCCCUCUUUAAAGUAUGCUGCUAGGCUAAAUAUCAAGUUAUAAAUUUUUAGAU